GGACGUUAUGACAAAUUAAAUACAUGUUAAAGUUACUUCCCUUAUAUCCAUAACUGCCAUUUGUGAACCACCUUGGGCAAUGUAGGCUAUUGCUUGACCAGAAAAUGAUAGAAGAAUAAUACAGCUGGAAUACCAAGGCACUGCAAUGAGUCUAUUCAAUAAGGUGGCAUUUUACCCAACUCUCUUCUACAAUGUGUUUCUGAGCAAGGUUAGCAGUCGCCGAUGGUAUGAUCGAAUAGAUGACACAGUGCUAUUGGGUGCCCUACCAUUUAGGGGAAUGACGAAAUGGCUUGUUAACCCUUUAGCGCAUGUAUACGAGAUAGGCCGACAUAGCUCAUUACCAGAUGUAUACGCAUUUGGCCGACCGUAUCCAUUACUGGAUGUAAACGCAUGGCCCGCAUAUUUCAAUAGGGUCAUUUCAAUAUUUCAAUUUUGCAUCUUUCUUUUUGUAAACAAUAUCCCGGAUGUUUAUAAAAUUAAAGUUGAAGAGAAUGUGAAAGGAGUUGUUACUCUCAAUGAAGAUUGGGAACUGGAGGAUUUCUGUAAUACAGAGAAGGAAUGGGCAGCUGUUGGUGUAACACAACUGAAAGUUCCUACAGUCGACUUCACAGCUUCUCCAAGUCAUGAGAAGAUCUGCCGAGCAGUAGACUUUAUGAUUAAGUAUAGAAACGAACAGCUUGGCUCCGUGUAUGUCCACUGUAAGGCUGGGCGCACGAGAAGUGCCACUGUGGUCGCCUGCUAUCUAGUCAAGGUGCAUGGCUGGAAUCCAGAAGAAGCCAUUGCGCAUAUAGAAGAGAAGAGGCCACAUAUCUGGCUUCGGGAGAAACAGCUGGCUUCCAUCCAACACUACUAUAAUACCAGCAUACGGACGGACAAACAAAAGGGGGCUUAGUGCAAUAUGAUAUUAUUUAUGUAUUUUGUGGCUUGAGUUGUGAUUCUGAUUAUUCAGCUAUAAUAGGCUAGUUGUUCAGAACUUUGUCAAAGUUAACAACAUGAUUAUCGACAUCGUCAUUAACUUUUUAACUUGGAAUGUUAGAUGUGCUCAUAAAUUACAAUAAAACUACAGCUGAAAUGGUUGCCUCAAUGUUCUGCAUAUCACAAAUGUAUCCAUAACAUUUCCAGAGCAAUAGAGAUUUUAAGGUAACAACAAUGAUGUUAACAAUGUUGUUUACUUAGGCCUAAAAAAAAACAACAUUUGGUUCGGGUUACCCGACCCUACCUACGGAAUAGGCGCCGACCCUACCGUUUUUAUAGUCAGUUUGAAAAAAAAAUGAAAAACUAAAAAAAAAAAAAAAUGUUUUUUUAUCGUUUUUUUUUUUAAUUGCUUUUCAAUAUGUAGUUCAACCUUAAAUGCUUAUACAGAAGAUAGCUUUAACACCAUUCUCCAAUGAUGAAAAUGAUAUUCUUAUAUAAAGCCUAAUAACAAAAAAAAUUAAAAAGCCUACCUACCCUACCUAUUUUUGAGAAGGAUGUAACCCUAACCAAACAAUUUUUUUUUAGGCCUUAUUCAAAGUUCUGAACAAUCAGCCCAUUGUUUAUCAUUUAUGCUUUCUACAGUAUUGUUUUGCUAAGACAAGAAGUAAAUUUUGUAAGUUAAUUUGUUUGAUCAAAGCAUUUUCUUUCAUCAUAGUUUUACUUUUUAGUCAAACCUUUCAUGGACCGGUGAUACUAAUGUAAUAAUGAAAUUAAAUUAUGUCGUGGCAUUGUUUUCUGUCUGGAUUUGAAACUUGCCAGUUAUUAAUAUUAUGCUAGUAAGAUCGAAAAAAAUAAGUGCUUAGUACCAGUAUUUCCAAACUUGAUUUAAUGGUGACAAAUGUACUAGUUUGUUAUUUAAACAUUCUAUAAUAGAAAAAAAUGCUUAAAUAAUUACAUGUUUAACAAAUUGAAACAAAAGACAGGACAUUGUUAUUAAAAGCUUUG